CUUCACCUAUACCCUCACCUCUCCCCUCAAAACAUACAUAUCUUGCAGCAAUGCAGGCCUUCCGCCGUAACACCCUCUCGGCCCUUCGCAAUGUCGGUGCCACCCAGCGUCGGACUCAGGCCACCUCUGCCUACAGCGAGACCUUGAACAACCUCAAGAUCAACAAGGACACCCGCGUUCUCUUCCAGGGUUUCACUGGAAAGCAGGGAACCUUCCACGCUGAGCAGGCCAUCGCCUACGGCACCAAUGUCGUCGGUGGUACCAACCCCAAGAAGGCCGGCUCCAUGCACCUUGACCGUCCCGUUUUCGCCAAUGUCAGCGAUGCCAUGAAGGAGACCGGUGCCACAGCUUCCGCUAUCUUCGUUCCUCCUUCCCUUGCCGCUGCCGGUAUCGAGGAGGCCAUUGCCGCUGAAAUGGGCCUCGUUGUUUGUAUUACCGAGGGUAUCCCUCAGCACGACAUGGUCCGCAUCACCGAUAUCCUCAAGACCCAGAACAAGACCCGCCUGAUCGGUCCUAACUGCCCCGGCAUCAUCGCUCCCGGUCAAUGCAAGAUCGGUAUCAUGCCCGGCUUCAUCCACAAGCGCGGUCGUGUUGGUAUCGUCUCCCGUUCCGGUACUCUGACCUACGAGGCCGUCAACCAGACCACCCUCGCUGGCCUCGGUCAGUCCCUCGUCGUCGGUAUUGGCGGUGACCCAUUCUCCGGCACCAACUUCAUUGACUGCCUCAAGGUCUUCCUCGAGGACCCCGAGACCGACGGUAUCAUCAUGAUCGGUGAGAUUGGUGGUUCCGCCGAGGAGGAUGCCGCCGAGUUCUUCAAGGCCAACAACAUCCACAACAAGCCCGCCGUCUCCUUCAUUGCCGGUAUCUCCGCUCCCCCCGGCCGCCGCAUGGGUCACGCCGGUGCCAUCGUCAGCGGUGGUAAGGGUGGUGCCGACUCCAAGAUCGCCGCUCUCACCGAUGCUGGUGUCAUCGUUGAGCGCAGCCCUGCUUCCCUCGGCAAGACCCUUCUUGCUGAGUUCGUCAAGCGCGACCUUCUUUAAAUUUGUCGCUCCU